CCGACCGCUCCCGCCUUCCUCCCCUCCCCUGGGCGGCCUCGCGGUGGGAGUCACGGGGCGGGCGGGCCGCUGCCAUGGAGCUGCCUGCCGUCAGCCUCAAGGCCAUCAUUCUGGUGCACUGGCUGCUCACAGUGUGGGGAUGCAUGAAUAACUCGUUUCCAGCCUCCUAUGCUUGGGGGAAUUUCAGUGUCCUUGCAGUGGGGAUCUGGGCCAUUGUGCAGCGAGAUUCCCUUGAUGCCAUCGUGAUGUUCCUGACCGGCCUGCUGCUCACAGUCCUCACAGACAUCAUUCACAUCUCUGUCUACUACCCUCUGCGUGGUUAUCCUAGCGAUGUGAAGCGUUUCAGUAUGGGCAUGGCCAUCUUCAGCCUCCUCCUGAAACCUGGAUCCUGCUACUUUGUGUAUCGAAUGUACCGGGAGCGUGGAGGGGACUACAUCUUCAACAUAGACCUGGAGUCCUCGUCUGACAGCCAGUUUGCCUACAAUGGUACUGAUGUCACUGCUGUCACUCUUACUCAGUUAACUCAGGUCUCAACCGUGCAGGCCGGGACCGCAGUGCCUAUGAGACAAUCGAUCAGCAGGAAAGCUCUCCGCUGUGGCCUGACUCAAGCAAGACAGCUCAGCAUCCAUAUUGAGGCCCUUGUCUGCAGCAGAACGGACACUUCCCUCCCUCAGUCCAGCCUCACGCUCCUCCCACGUCUGUUCUGAUGAAACAAGACCUUCUACUGAGCAAACAGGAGAGGAUCUGAUUUGACUUUUCUUUUUCCUUCCUGAAGAUUAGGCAGAGGGGUUCCUGGAAUGAGCCCAGAACAUCUCAGAUAACCUUAAGCUCUGUGACUCUUUGUGAUUCCAACACACUGCUUUCCUCCCUCCCCCUAAAUCCCUCCUCUGUAUGUGCAAGUGGAUGCACCUUCUGCAUUCUUCCAAGUCUUGUGUUGUGCCUCCUCUCGUUUGUAAGUAAGGGAGAUGCACAAAAUAUUCCUGGGCAAGCUAUCUUUAACAAGCUGAUGGACUGCCCCUAAGACAGCACAGUUUAGCCUGUCUUCUUGCUGGUACGUUUCCAGGAAACAUCUGGGAGUUCUUGAAGGCUGUUUUUGAUGAUGUUUUUAAAUUAAGAUUUAUGACCAUAACUCCAUGUGCUAGCUGUGGUGGUUUACGUGCAGCUGGGGUUUGUAUAAAGUGCCAGGGAGCAUUCAUUGAUGCUUUUAUGAAAGUUAAAUGUCCUUCAGGAUACUUAAAAUGGCUGGUAAAUGUUGAUUACGUGUGCUCUGUGCCUUGAAAUGUUCUUUUGCCUUCAGCUGCCUGCCUUAAUAGGACUUGAAGUGUUAUACUUUUCUAAGAAAACUAUGAAAUGAAUACAGUUCUUCUGUGUUAGAAAAAAAAUUA